AAAAUGUUUCCUGAAGAGAUUGUAGUUGACAUACUCUUAAGGCUUCCUGCUAAAUCCAUUGGUCGAUUUCGUUGCGUAUCAAAGCCAUGGAAAUCUCUCCUUUCCGAACCCCAGUUCAUCAAAGCCCACCUCAAUCGAAUCAAACAACACCCAACAACUGAAGAAUCAAUCAUCUGCCGUCAUUUCUAUGCGCUGUAUUCUACCCGGUUGAACAAUGCCCACCACCUGUUCGACGAAAUAAAGGGUUUUGCUACCAAGCUAAAUUUAGAUGGUCACUGCUUUGAUCUAUUCGAUUUUCAAUUCGCGUCUUGUGAUGGGUUGAUCUUAGUGAGGGAUGUGGAAAUCAAGCUUCUGCUAAUUAACCCAACAACAAGGGAGGUUAAGCCAUUGCCAGAGAUAGACCCGUUGCUUUCUCCCGUCAUUUUUGGAAUUGGAUAUGAUUCGGUUAAUGAUGAUUAUAAGGUUGUUAUUGCUGGAAUUUCGGAUGAAGGUCUGAUUUUCUUUAUCUAUUCUGUUAAAAAUGGUAGUUGGAAGAGAGUUGAGAAGAAUGUCCCCUUUGACCAUAAUGCUUCUUUUUUUAGCACGGGGGUUUUUGUUAAUGGGUAUAUCCAUUGGGUAGCUUAUAAGAAAGAUGUGUCUAUUAUUGCUGCUUUUAAUGUCGCUGAAGAAAAGUUUUGCGAAUUGCCACUUCCUAGUAUAGCUGACAUUAAGAAGUAUUCAAUUGAUGAUUAUGAUCCUGAAAAAGGGGAAUUAGUGUUUCAUAUACUGGUUGAGCUUGGAGGGUGUCUUUCUGGGUUUCCUUACCGCAUACCAACUAAUGUGUGGAUGAUGAAAGAAUAUGGAGUCCAAGAAUCUUGGACUUUUAUCCCUAUCAAUGACUCUGACUCGGGGUUUAGGCCUCUAUCUUUGUUGGGGAAGGAACAAAUGGUGAUGCUGAUGAAUGAUGAGAAACUAGUGAUGUACAAUUUGGAAAAAGGUACUUUUAAAGAUAUCACAGUUCAAGGGAUUCCAAGUGAUUUUUCUGUUGGAAUGAGCUUCAUCGAGACCCUUGUCUCGCCUCAUUGCAAUAACGAAGCUAUGUGACAAGUAUGCAUGGUAUUUACAUCUUCCUCAGGUUGCAUCCUUUUUUACAUGAUUGUGGUUCCAAAGAUUCUUGAAGACAGAGUUGCUGCUAUUCUCCCAUCAGAAACUUGUCAUGUUUCAUAUUUGUUUGACUCUUUCGAAUUUCCUUGCAUGCUUUUUUUUUAAUUUUUAAAGUAGAACAUUGCCCAUGGUUUCAUGUCAGCUAAGUUAUCCUGAAGCAAUUUGCUUUGCUUUAUUGUAAUGAUUCAGUUAACAUCUGUAGAAUGUAAUUCUGCUGUAAUGUUAGUAAUUUGCUUUGAACUCUAUCUUAUAGUUGAUAUUGUCUUAUGACUUGAAGGUGA